AUGCCUAGUUAUGCUAAGUUUCUAAAGGACAUCUUAAGCAAGAAAAAGAAGUUGACUGAGUAUGAGACUGUAGCUCUUACUGAAGAAUGUAGUGCACUUUUGACCAAUAGCAUACCCCAUAAGCUUAAAGAUCCAAGGAGUUUUACCAUUCCUUGUUCAAUAGGAGGGAAGGAGAUAAGGAAAGCCCAAUGUGACUUAGGAGCUAUUAUUAAACUCAUGCCUUUGUCUGUCUUUAACACCUUAGGCAUAGGAGAUGCUAGACCUACCACAGUCACACUCCAGCUAGCAAAUAAGUCCAUUGCAUACCCUAAGGGAAAGAUAGAAGAUGCGUUGGUACAGGUUGAUAAGUUCAUAUUUCCGGCAAAUUUUAUCAUAUUAUAUUUUGAGGCUGAUAAGAACAUUCCGAUUAUUUUAGGAAGACCUUUCUUAGCCAUGGAAGAACUUUGA